GGCUAUGGACCGAUAGAAGAAGCACAGAUCUCGUCGAGAUGGACUAAAUAGGAAGACUCAACUAAAACUUCUGCGAUACGUUGCCUUAAAGGCGUGUUGCGGGUAAGGCUCGGGCGCGGCGUCCCUCGCGGUCGACCUUACUAACAGGUGAGGCGUCGACGCCACACAGAACAUGAUACUAAGAUUGCCUUGCCCGUUUACACAAACGUCGCUAGCGAGUUUAAGACAAGCGCCCGCCUCCGGGCACUCCACCGGCCAGGCCUGGUGGAGCAUGAUGAACGGCGUCGGCGGCGCGCUGUACGAGGAGGCGCACGCGUCGCCCCCGGGUGGCUCGCCGCCGGCUGCACCUGCUGCCGCUCCGCCCUCCGCAUCCAGCGCCUCGCCGGCGUCCGUGGGCUCCAACCCGCCCCAGCCGCUGCACAUCCCGGCCAAGCGCUACGAGCCCGAGCCGGGCGUCAUCCGACACGCGCAGCAGUCCUGGGGCUACCCGCCUGACGCGCCCGCUCCUUUCGAGCACCAGUACCCCACCGGCCCGACGUAUUACAACCUGCCGGUCGAGAGGGAGCGCAAAUCAGGGCUACCUUUCUGGCCGAGUGGGGGCGAAUAUAAGCCUUACGCAGAUGGCUGCCACCAAGGUUUCACCCAGCCCUGUUGGAAUUAUCCCUACGGAGCCCCGCGCGGAGACCAGCCGCUGCCCUACGUCAGUGGGGAGGAGCGACGAACCGCUGUCUCCGAGGCAUCCGGUUUCUCGCACGAUGCCUACGGCCUGCGGAACUACGCACCGGAAUCAGUUUCUAGUGCUCCUUAUCCGCCUCCGAGCGCUCUACCCGGAUCCCUGUCGAUGUCAGUUGGAGUUGGCGUCGGUUGCGGAUCGAACCCUCUUGAUUGGACAGGACAAGUAACUGUGCGUAAAAAACGCAAACCCUAUUCAAAGUUCCAGACCCUUGAGUUAGAAAAAGAGUUCCUCUUCAACGCGUACGUCUCGAAGCAAAAGAGAUGGGAGCUGGCGCGGAACCUAAAUCUUACAGAGAGACAAGUGAAAAUAUGGUUUCAGAACAGACGGAUGAAGAAUAAGAAGAACUCGCAGCGGCAAGCGGCGCAGGCGGCUCAAAACAACAACAACAACUCCAACGCUAACAAUCACAAUCAUCAUGCGAGCCACCACCAUGCGCCGCACCACGUGGCACUUCACCACGCCCCGCCAGCCAAGCAUCAUCAGUGACCCGCGCCUUUCUCUGGGACCUAUCCCCUUCACCACGGUAUAGCUAGCUAAAUCUGACGGAAGGAAAGUUCCAAUAAGGACUCAAUUGUGUUGUGCUCGAUGGUCGUACUUAAAGAUUCGAAAGGUUCGUCCGAUGUUCCGAUGUUCGCUAGCGAAUAGACUUUAAAGGAAGGUUUGCUGUACCGUUCUGUACGUAAUGUGGACGCUUCCCGGACUAGUGCCGGUGCGCCGCGUGUCCCAGAGAAUCUCACCGUAAGAUAUAAUUAUUGUGUUGUCGAUUUGUGUAUAGUAUUAAUUACGAAAUUAUUUUCUGUAAUUUUAACGAGACUAAGUACAUGAGUAGACGAUUCCUGAUAUUGAUAAUAUUAUCUAGUAUAGCGCAAACAAUGUAUUUGAAAAUAAUUUAAGUAUCGAAGCUCGAAUGAAAUAACAGCAUCACCUAUGAAUUAUUGUAUUUAGAUAGUUUAUGGAAAUGGAAUUUUGUAAAAUAUUUUGUGAGACUGCUUUAUUGUUGUAUUCGUAUCGCUGUUCAGAGGGUGGUUAAGUCUUGAAUAGUUAACUUUUAUUUUCGUUACCAAAUUGUUGAAUUACUCGGGUUGCUUUGGUGGCAGUUGUAGAAAUAUGUUCGUAUGGAGUGCGAUGGAUAUUAGAUCGUAGUUUUGUUAAUCGGCAGAUUGCAGCUGGUUAAGCCUUAUACUUAAUAACGUAGAGCAUCGACGUCGCUUAUUCUGAUAUAAGAAAUUAAUUAAAUCGCAGAAUGAUCAAAUAUUUAUUACUGUUUAUUUUCUCGUCUUAUUAUUCGUAAAUUUUGUUAUUUAAAAUAUCGGUUUCUGACAAAGCUUUAACUCGGUUCCAGUAGAAUUAUGCAUUAAGUUACUGUUAUGACUUUUUUGAAAUAUUGAAGUUGAUGUUAUAAUCAAUAUAAUAUUAAUUAGGUUAUGGGCAAGUGCAUUAAUACUGUCCUCUAUUGACUCAUCCUGUUCGCUUAAGCCUGUCUAUUGCUUUUUAUAUUAUUUUUUUGUUUUAGUUGGAUAUUUUAUUAUUUAUUUAUAC